GACACGCACUCCGGAGGCUGGAGAGGAGAAAGCCCUUUGCAAACAGGAACAUUCCAAAAUCCACCGACUCGAGAAGCAAGCGGAAGAGUUCCUCCAUGCAGUCUUCUACAGAAAAGAUGUCCCCAGGGUCUCCGACCCCCACAUUCCUCUAGUGGCUCGCGAGAUAAUGCAGCGAAUGAUCCGACAGUUCGCUGCGGAAUAUACCUCAAAAACCAGCUCUUCUCAGGACCCCAUCCAGCCCAACGGCACCAAGGACCAAAGCCUGCCGAAAGCACCGUCGCUCGCGUCUGCUGCUGCCUCUGCACAGAACCCCGUUCUCAGCAAGCUUCUCAUGGCUGACCAAGACUCUCCGCUGGAUCUCACUGUUAAGAAAUCUGAAUCUGAGUCCAGUGGCCAAGACGGAGUACUUGAUUUGUCCACCAAAAAAAGUCCCAGCCCAGGCAGCUCAUCCCUCAACAAUUCUCCUAGCUGCUCCACAGCCCCCCUGGAGAAAGGGCGACCAGAGAGAGCUGACCGCAACCGUGAAGACGGACAUUCCAGAGAUACGGAUGGGCUGCCUCAGAGAAGCUUGCAGGACGAGACCAGGGAGAGUUACGGCCACUCCUGCCCUCUUAAGCCUCCAAUGGCUCGCUCGCUCCAGAUUAAAGAGGAGCUGCAGAACAGAAAGCAGCAGCUGCAACAGCCACCUGUCUCUCUAGGUGGCCUGGAAUCGAUGGGGCUGCUAAAGCAUGGACAGCACUCCACUCUCUCCAGGCAAGGCUCCUGGAGUAAGCCACGUUUUGACAACCACCUGAAGUUCAGGGGGAACAGUGCACUUAAUGACCUGAAGGCCCUCCCCUUUCUCUUGGAGAAUUCUGUUGCAUACCACAAGGGUUCAACACAAACAAAAUUGCAGGAGGGAAAAAGGGACCCUGGAAACUCUGCUCCAGUUGAUCUCAAGAUCCCCCAGGUUCGAGGCAUGGACCUGUCCUGGGACUCUCACGCCUCAGACCUGUACGGCUAUGGGUCGCUGGUGGUGAGUCCUCAUUCUGAAAGCGCACUCAGCAAGAAGCUACGGGCCAUUCUCCCCAAACAGAACCGGAGAACAGGCUGCGGUAUUGAGAGGGGUUCUGACUUCUGGGGUUCAGAUGCAGAACAGUCAACUUCUGGACAACAGUACCCAACUUCUGAUACUGAGGGAGACCCCAAUUCAAAGCAGCCAAGGAAGAAACGGGGGCGCUACCGGCAGUAUAAUAGCGAGAUCCUGGAGGAGGCCAUCUCGGUAGUGAUGAACGGAAAGAUGAGUGUGUCAAAGGCACAAAACAUAUACGGGAUCCCCCACAGUACACUGGAGUACAAAGUGAAAGAGAGGCUGGGAACACUGAAAAACCCUCCAAAGAAAAAAAUGAAACUCUCCAGUAUGGAGGGGCAGGAGUCGGAUCCUUCGCUCCGGGGUGAAGGGUCGCAGGGGGCUAGGGAUUCAAAAGACGAGUAAAGAAAUUGGGUGGGGCUUCAGUAGAGUGCCAGUUUACUUUGCAGUAUCUGGGUGAGCACAAACGCAAGAAUUAAGUGAAACUUUUUGAAAAAACUAUUUGCUCACUUUACAGUAAUUCUUUAACGCUGUAGCAAGCAUUUGGUUUCUGAAACCGUGUUACCUGAUACCUUUUUAAAUUGUAGCUUUGAGUGAGUAUCCCUCCCCCUCCUCCCAAGCAAGCUUGAACAGGACUUUACUGUGGCUUGAUUAGACACAGAUUAGACCAAUUUGUGGAUCAAGCUGGAUGGUUCCAGUCUACUUCUGAUGACCAGAUAUGAAUCUCUUUCUAUCCUGCACCCCCCCCCCCCCCCCCCCAAAAAA